ACCUGACUCGAACGAUGAAACCAGAUGGCAAAAUGAUUGAAGAUUGAUAUUCUGACGAUUUUUUCAUUGCAAUGCUUCACUAUCAUGGUGCACAGUAGAGGUCUGCGCAGGACGGAUUUCUUCAUCCCGCUCCCGCCGCACCCGCUGGCUUUCUGUCUGACUCCCACCAACUACUGCAAGAACUGGUCCCAAACACAACCGCAGUCCCGCAAUGUUAUUUUUUACAUGCUGUCUAGACCGGGCACGAAGAAUGACGGCUAAAAUCCAUCUCAUUCCAUCUUCUCCCACCGCCGACCACUGGAUUCCUCUCAAUACCAUAUUUGGUGGAAACGCCAAACAGAUGCUUCACAUUUAUACAUCCGGAUAGUGUUUGGCGUGCUCCUCCCAGGGAUCCUCGUUCUGCUGCCAGCCCUUCAGACCUCCACCACAGCGGAAACACACCACACGAUGCUGCGAUGUGGAGGGGAGUCCAACUGGCCUGGGGACAAGAGAUGAGACAUCACUCUCAGAUGGACACAGUUGACUUCUACCCCCAGAUCCAGCAGAAACUCAACGAUCUUGACGUGUCCAGCCGAGCAGGCCCAGUGGAGCGCAGUCCUUUGGUCCUGGGAGAGGGGAAAAGCACAGGAGACCGGAGGAAUAUGGAAGGGGACAUGUGGAUGUAUCAGCAAAUGUAGCUAGUUAGCUCACUAGCUAACUGACUGCUGCCUGAAGCAGCUAGCUAGCUGGAUUUCAGGACCCACGUUGACGCGUCAUGCAGGUAUUCAGAGGAGUUCACCAACAUAUAUUAUGACUGCAUGGACAAGAAAAGGAGGAACUUGAUGCGGCUCUACCUGGACAAAGCGACCCUGGUCUGGAACGGGAAUGCUGUGUCAGGGCAGGCUGCUCUCGGGGAAUUCUUUGAGUCGCUUCCCUCUAGCGAGUUCAGUGUCCAGACUCUGGACUGUCAGCCAGUGCACGAACAGGCAACCCAGGGCCAGACCACGCUGCUGGUGGUGACGGCAGGACAGGUGAAGUUUGACGGACAAAAGCAGCGCUACUUCAAUCAGAACUUCCUCCUCACAGCCCAGGCGUCGCCCACCAGUGAUCAGCCUGUCUGGAAGAUCGCCAGUGACUGUUUCCGCUUUCAGGACUGGAGUAGCUGAGGCCUACUUUAAUCUGGUUUCAGGGUCGUGUUCAUUAGGGCACACAAUAGCUAAACAAAUUGCAACGAGCUACGAAAACAAGCAUUUCUUAUUGGACACGUUUCAGUCUGUUUGGUGCCUAAUGAGUACAACCCUGCUUUAAGAUUAGGUCUUUAUUGUAAUGCCAGUUACACUGUGUACCUAAAGACUUUUGUAAUAAAAUAAAUACGAAGUAGUCAAAUACAAAACAUUUUUAUUCACCAAUGUCCCCAAAAGCAUGUGACCCCCAGAAUGGAAUAAAUAACAAUUUUUCAAACAAAGACGGAAAGUAUUUGGAGAAAGAAGUGGACUGGACUCUCAAAUGUUAAUUACAGACCUGCUUACUGUUGUGACAUAACGUGAAAAUAUCUUACUAUCCUCAUAACAUUACUUUGAGUAUUCAGGUAAAGACAUCUAUUGCUAUUGCCCAUGUGGUCUAUACUCCUGGCCAAAUAAUAUAUUAAAUAUCUGCUAUUUUAAGUUUCCUGAGUGACACAUUUGGUGUGACAUAUGCAAAGCGAUACAACCAAAUAACAUAUUUGAUAGGAAUAGAAUGUACAAAAAAUAAAAUAAACCGAAUUGUU